AUGGUGGAACCAAUUGUGUUGCAGCAGGUAGUAGCAAACUUGCAAUGGACAAGUUCACUAGCUUCACCUCCUGGAGCUUGGAAAGAUGAUACAGUUCAUACUAUUAAGGCAUUUGUUCAAAAAAAUAUAAUUGACCCUGCAAUCAAAGGAACCAUAAACCUACUCAGGUCCUGUUUGAAUUCCAAUUCUGUGAAAAGGGUUGUUUUCACAUCUUCCAUAAGUACAAUUACUGCAAAAGACAGCAAUGGAAAGUGGAAACCUUUUGUUGAUGAAUGUUGUCAAAUCCAAACAAACAAUGUGUGUAAUACAAAAGCAAGUGGAUGGGUUUGUGCACUUUCAAAGCUUCUCACCGAGGAAGCAACAUUUAAAUUUGCAAAAGAGAAUGACAUUGAUAAAACAAGCACUGUUGCAGGCCCAUUCUUUACUGCUAAUGUACCAUCAAGUGUUAAAGUUCUACUGUCACCAUUGACAGACUCAAUGAGUGCAUAUUCAAUUGCAAUACUUAUGGAGAUUGUAGACAAUAGGUAUUCCAUUGAUCUUGGUUGGAGUAACUAUACUUGA